CCACACCUAAGAAGAGGAGGAAGGAGAGGAGAACAGUUAAUCAACUCUCUCACAUCAACAAGAAAGUCCCAUGCUUUUAAAGUGAAAGAAUACGAGAGCUCCUACAUUCAGCUUCUGAAGGAAGGAAUUCGAAACAGAAAUCAAGUUAUCUUAGCCAACUGUGAAGACACCAGUGACAAGUCCAUCUCCGUCUCUCUAUCCACCAAUACGCAUGAACGGGGUCAGUUUUCAAUUAUUUUCAAUUUAGUCUCAAUCGAGAAGCUCUUUGAUAAAAUAUGA